AAGUAGAAAUGAUCGUAUGAUAAACAUACGAAUUUGGUAUAACUACAAAUAUAUACUAUUUUAUAAUAAUGCAAUGAUUAUAAAAUAACUAUUAUUACUCAAGUGUACUCAAGUAAAAAUUGUGUAUCAAUGUUAAUAUCAAAAGCUUUUCAUGUUGCAUAAUACAUUAAAAUUAAGAUUUUUGUUAUAAAUUUAAAAGUCUCUAAGAAUAUAACCUCUUUAAUCCUUGAAUGAAACAUAUGAAUGUCAAUAUCAUACGAAUGUGACAUGUGAAAAAUGUGAUCUCAGAAGCAAAGUUGUAUGUAAUGUUAUAAACAUUUCACUUGAAAAGAAACUGUAUGUAAUGGAAAAUCAUUCUGUUCGUAUAAAUUACGCGUUAACACCUCGUGACACAGAACAACAAUUAAUACAUGAUGGUGAAACUAAAUCAUAUGAAGAAAAUAUUAAGAAACACGAAGAAACGAUUGUAACAAGUGAAACUAUGGGUGGUUCAUUCUAUCCCAGAGCUAUGUUAUUUCUAGUAUUAUGGUAUCUCAUUAGUGGAUGUACUUUAUUCUUGAAUAAAUACAUAUUAUCAUAUAUGGAAGGCAAUCCUACAAUUUUGGGUGCUUGUCAAAUGUUAAUGACCACGGUUUGUGGAUUUAUUCAAAUGUAUUUUCCAUGUGGAAUGUACAAAACACGUCCCAGAUUAAUGAGACCAGCAGGUUUUUAUAAGCAUAUGAUAUUGGUUGGAUGUACAAGGUUUACAACUGUAGUACUAGGGCUAAUAUCACUUAAUUAUGUAGCAGUGAGUUUCACAGAAACUAUUAAAAGUAGUGCGCCACUAUUUACCGUCCUUAUUAGCAGAUAUUUAUUAGGGGAACAUACAGGGUUAUAUGUAAAUUUAUCUUUAAUUCCUUUAAUGUGUGGUCUAGCUCUAUGUUCGAUAAACGAAAUUAGUUUUGACCUCAGAGGAUUUAUUGCAGCUAUGGCUACAAAUGUAACAGAAUGUUUACAAAAUGUUUAUUCCAAAAUGUUAAUCAGUGGUGAUAAUUUUAGGUAUACGCCUGCAGAACUGCAAUUUUAUACUAGUUUAGCAUCAAUUGUGGUACAAAUACCUGUAUUGAUCUUAUUUGUAGAUUUACCAACACUUGAACAUUCUUUGAGUUUUAAAUUAUUCACAGCAUUUUUACUUAAUGGAGUGUUCUUCCAUUUUCAAAGUAUUACAGCAUAUGUACUUAUGAAUUACAUCAGUCCUGUGACACAUAGUGUCGUUAAUACAGCAAAGAGAGCAUCUUUAAUCUGGCUCUCUGUUUUACUAUUUAAUAACCCUGUAACUGGUUUAUCUGCUAUGGGAACAUCUUUAGUAAUAAUAGGAGUGUUAUUGUAUAAUCGAGCACAAGAAUAUGAUAAACUACACAAAGCAAAGUUACGAUACAAUUCUAAAGUUAAUUUACAAUGAUAUUAAUUAUUCAAAUUAUAAAAAUUUGAUAUUUAAUAAAAAUAAUUAACGCGUUUAUGUUAAUUACGUAAUGAAAAA